CCCUGCAGCGCCCACCGCGCCAGGCUUCCUCCCGGGGUGGACCUGCCGUUCUGCUCAUCCCCACACUCAGCCUCUCCAUCAGCCCCGAGAAGUGGAAUCUGCACAGAAACUCUCCGUGGCUGGAGCCCGCGGACUGGGCAUGCUCAGAAGCCAGGGCUGGCUUUGGUCUCAAGUAGGAAGCUUUUGCACUCGGGAGGCAGCAGCGACUUUGGGGAAAGUUGAUCGGAGAGGGGAGGAAGCCCCGAGACGCGGAGCAGCGCGGGGAAGGAGCCCCCGGCAGCCGGGAGGAGCAUGGGCACCCUGCGGGAUCUCCAGUACGCGCUCCAGGAGAAGAUCGAGGAGCUCCGGCAGCGGGAUGCUCUCAUCGACGAGCUGGAGCUGGAGUUGGAUCAGAAGGACGAACUGAUCCAGAAGCUGCAGAACGAGCUGGACAAGUACCGCUCGGUGAUCCGGCCGGCCACCCAGCAGGCGCAGAAGCAGAGCGCCAGCACCUUGCAGGGCGAGCCGCGCACCAAGCGACAGGCGAUCUCCGCCGAGCCCACCGCUUUCGACAUCCAGGAUCUCAGCCAUGUGACCCUGCCCUUCUACCCCAAGAGCCCACAGUCCAAGGAUCUCAUAAAGGAAGCCAUCCUUGACAAUGACUUCAUGAAGAACUUGGAGCUGUCGCAGAUCCAGGAGAUUGUGGAUUGUAUGUACCCAGUGGAGUAUGGCAAAGACAGUUGCAUCAUCAAAGAAGGAGACGUGGGCUCACUGGUGUAUGUCAUGGAAGGUAUGGUCUGUAACUCUGCUCUUUUGAAAAUCAAAUAUUCCCUUUUCAGCUUAUCAGCCUGCACACAGAUGACAUGA